CAAUGACAUCUCCCUUCAGUUCACACAUUUUAUCAGUCUCGGACCUCGUUGCCGCUUUUCUCUCUCAUGGUCUUGUUGAGGGAGGGAGGGAGGCUGAGAGAGGUGAAGCAGCUGCGGUCUUCUUCACUUCAAGGAGUCACAUCAAAAGCCAACCCGGCGAGUCUUUUUCCAACAGCACCCACCCGUCCUUCUCUUUCUCUCCGUCCCCAUACGUUUCUCGUUCUCUCCACCACCACCACACACACACACACACAACAAAAAAUCCCUCCCAUCACUUUUGUUCUCCUCCGUCCAUGGGCAUAUCUUCCUCUUUGUAUCUCACACUCGUUGAUUUGUCUCUCGUUCUUCACACCUUGAGCCUCCCUUGCUUCCAAGCAUAAGCAUACAACGUAUACAUAUAUAUCAAAUCGUCCUUCUUUUUUCGGUAACAACAUGAAGGAAGGGGAGGUAAUUAGGAGCUCGGCAGGGCAGGUGAUAAUGGAGAUAGAGUCGAACAAGCCGGCGGGGAAUGGAAUUGUGGUGGCGGGACUGAGUCCGCUGAGUGAGACCCUGUGGAAGGAGAAGAUUAAUACAGAAAUCAUCGGCGACGUGUCGGCCAGGCUCACCUGGAAGGACUUGACGGUGACGGUGACGCUCGGCAAUGGAGAGACACAGCAGGUCUUGGAGGGCCUCACCGGCUACGCCGAGCCGGGGACUAUUACUGCCUUGAUGGGCCCGUCGGGGUCGGGGAAGUCGACGCUUCUUGACGCGCUCUCUGGCCGCCUCGCCACCAAUGCUUUCCUCUCUGGAACUAUUCUCCUUAAUGGAAGGAAGAAGAACAUGUCUUUCGGGACUGCGGCGUAUGUUACCCAGGAUGACACCUUGAUUGGUACUUUAACAGUGAGGGAGACUAUAUCAUAUUCCGCUCGCCUCCGGCUUCCUGAUAUGAUGCGACAGGAGGAGAAACGAGCUUUGGUGGAGGGCACCAUUGUUGAAAUGGGCCUUCAAGAUUGUGCAGACACUGUGAUUGGUAACUGGCAUCUGCGGGGGAUAAGUGGUGGGGAGAAGAGGAGGGUCAGCAUUGCUCUUGAGAUCCUUAUGAGACCCAGAUUGCUCUUCCUUGAUGAGCCCACAAGCGGUCUUGAUAGUGCUUCAGCCUUCUUUGUGACAAAAACUCUGCGCGGUUUAUCAAGAGAUGGAAGGACUGUUAUAGCGUCCAUUCACCAACCAAGCAGUGAGGUUUUCGAGUUAUUCGAUCGCUUGUACUUGCUCUCAGGGGGCAAAACUGUUUACUUUGGGCAGGCUUCAGAGGCAUAUGAGUUCUUUGCUCAAGCUGGAUUCCCUUGCCCAUCCCUGAGAAACCCAUCAGAUCAUUUCCUAAGGUGCAUAAACUCAGACUUUGAUAAGGUGAAAGCUACUCUAAAGGGAUCGAUGAAAGCAAGGUUUGAGAGAAGUGAUGAUCCCCUUGAGAAAAUGACUACAAUGGAAGCUAUCCGAAGACUGACUGACUUCUAUUGUCAUUCCCAAUAUUACUACUCAGCACGAGAGAGAGUGGAUGAAAUCUCCCGAGUUAAAGGAGCAGUGUUGGAUUCAGGAGGCAGUCAGGCUAGCUUCUUCAUGCAGGCUUUCACUUUAACCAAGCGCUCAUUUGUGAACAUGUCAAGGGAUUUUGGUUAUUACUGGUUGAGACUUGCGAUUUACCUUGUUGUGACAAUUUGCAUUGGAACCAUUUACUUAAAUGUUGGAACUGGAUACAGAUCCAUUCUGUCUAGGGGUGCAUGUGCUUCUUUUGUCUUUGGCUUUGUCACAUUCAUGUCUAUUGGAGGAUUCCCAUCAUUCGUGGAAGAUAUGAAGGUUUUUCAGAGAGAGCGGCUCAAUGGACACUAUGGUGUGUCAGCGUUCGUCAUUGGCAAUACAAUUUCUGCCUUGCCAUUUCUAAUCUUGAUAACCUUUACCUCGGGAAGCAUAUGCUAUUUUAUGGUCCGCCUUCAUCCUGGUUUCAUGCAUUACUUGUUCUUUGUUUUGUGCCUCUAUGCUUGUGUUACUGUCGUUGAGAGCUUGAUGAUGGCCAUAGCCAGUGUAGUUCCCAAUUUCCUCAUGGGAAUCAUUGUAGGAGCUGGGAUUCAGGGAAUAUUCAUGCUGGUUUCUGGGUUUUUUAGACUCCCACAUGACAUCCCAAAACCCUUCUGGCGAUACCCUAUGUCUUACAUCAGCUUCCAUUACUGGGCACUGCAGGGCCAAUAUCAAAAUGACCUGAGAGGUCUUGUAUUCGAUAACCAGGAGCUACCUGAGUUACCCCCAAAGAUUACUGGAGAGCUCGCACUCGAGCAGUUUUUCCAGAUCGACGUGAACCGAUCAAAAUGGUGGGACCUAUUGGUUCUUUUCAGCAUGGUUGUUAUCUACCGUCUCUUAUUCUUCAUUAUGAUCAAGGUAAACGAAGAUGUGACUCCAUGGAUUAGAGGCUACAUUGCAAGGAGGAGUCUGCGGCACAAGAAGAACAGCAGACAGCAUGCUUCUGCGGAUCACGUCAACAGGACACCUUCACUCAGGGUCUACGUAGUUGAAGCAGAAACAUGUUCUACAAAGAGUUAGAACACCAAAUUUAAAUUUCACUACCGAAGAUAUAUGUGAUAUUUAAUGUUGUUUCGUUCUAAUCAAACACAUAUAUACAUGCAUGCAAGUCCAUGGUGACAUCAAUGUUUAUUGUGCACUUAUAUAUUAUACAAAGGAAAGGAGAGGACCGCCGGAUCA